UUUAGGUCGGUCUCCAGUCGCCACAUUGGAGAUUGUACUGGCUUGUUAUGGAAAGCUCUGGAAGUUUCCAUGCUGUUUAUAUUGAAAAUAUCUCCAGUGCGUUGCGAAGUUGAAACGACUGAGCGAGGACUCGCGUCUCUUCCGUACAGUUUGAACAUCUGAAUGGACUGACUGCCGGGCGGUCAGAAUGGGGAAAGACUACUACGACAUUUUGGGCAUUAAGAAAGAUGCCUCUGAGGACGAAAUAAAGAAAGCUUAUCGUAAGCAGGCUCUGCGAUACCACCCUGACAAGAACAAGUCGCCAGGAGCGGAAGAGAAAUUUAAGGAAAUAGCUGAAGCAUACGAUGUGCUUAGCGAUCCAAAGAAGAAGGACAUUUACGACCGCUUUGGGGAAGAAGGUCUAAAAGGUGGUGGUCCCUCAGGCGGCAGUGGUGGUCCAGGCAACUUUAGCUACACCUUCCAAGGUGACCCACAUGUGAUCUUUUCAGAGUUUUUCGGUGGACGAAAUCCUUUUGAGCAGUUCUUUGGUGGGCGCAAUGGCGGCAUGGAUGAGCAAAUGGACACGGAUGACCCUUUUGCCCGCUUUGGAAUGGGCGGCAGCGGGUUCCCCCGCUCCUUCAGCUCUGGUAUGGGAGGGUUUGGCGGUCACAGUAGCGUUGUGAAGAAGCAACAAGACCCCCCUGUGGUCCAUGAGCUGCAGGUGACCUUGGAGGAAGUGCUUUCUGGUUGCACAAAGAGAAUGAAGAUCUCUCGCAAAAGGUUGAACCCUGAUGGGCGAACACUGAGAAUAGAAGACAAAAUCCUGGAGGUGCAGAUCAAGAAGGGAUGGAAGGAAGGGACUAAAAUCACGUUUCCUAAAGAGGGGGAUGAAACCCCAACAAACAUUCCAGCUGAUGUGGUCUUUCUGUUGAAGGACAAACCACAUGCUGUGUUCAAGCGUGACAACUCUGACAUCAUUUACAUAGCCAAGAUCUCACUCAGAGAUGCGUUGUGUGGCUCCACAGUCAACACGCCCACACUGGAAGGCAGAGUCAUCCCAGUGACCACGACAGAUGUGGUUCAGCCCGGGAUGAAGAGGCGCAUCAGCGGCGAGGGGUUGCCUUAUCCCAAGCGCCCUGACCGCCGAGGUGACCUAAUCGUGGAAUAUGAGGUCAAGUUCCCUGAGCGGCUCAGUCAGAGUGCCCGGCACACCAUCGCCCAGGUUCUCCCUCGGUCAUAAAGAAGCCAAACUGGACUCUAACCCCUCCCUAAGCUGCCAAUUGUAUUUUAUACCACAUGGAGACAAUACAUAAGGGACAAUAUUACCCAGUCACCCGUCUUGUAAAUGCCACAUUGAAAGCAGUUACUGUAAUAUAUCGCAGACUAGAUUGUAAAUAUAACCAAUACUGUUUGGUGUUUAGUUUUAUUAAUGGAAUUAUAUUUUAAUGACAUAUGUAUGUACAAGUAUAAGGGGACUGGAAGUAAGGGGUUGUAUUAACAGCAAUAAAUGGUUGAGAAGACUUGAUCAUUUAUGAUGUAUUUAUUGAUCUUGUGACAUAAAAGUGUGCCCUUUCUCCAGCCGUAAGCAAUGAAAUCAUUGCUGUGCAGUUACAGAUACAGUACACAUACAUAAGCUUAAACAUAGUAGCGUAGGACCUUUGUUAGUGUCAUUGAUCUGUUCCAGAAGGUCCGACUAACCGAAACAGAGGCUAAACAAAUCAAUAUUUCCCAUAAGAAAUAAUGUAAAUCCAAUGAAAUCAUUCCAGAAAGCCAAAAAUGUUAAGACAACCCACAUUUUUAUGGUUUUAUAAUUAUAGUUUUACAUGCAAUUCAAAAUGCACAUGAACAUUUAAGGUUACUUUUAUUUUCGGCGAAGAUGUGAUACUUGAUGUGACUGUUCCCAAAGACGGGAUGUGGCAGCGAGAUCAACACAGACGCCACCUUCCUGUUUUACCAUGAGUCAUACCAUGAGUGACAAGCUAAUCGGAUGCUAACAAGAAUGUUUUGUCAUUA